CCAGGAAAUAGAGAAAGUCUCGGGUCUGCUCGCCCUCAUUUAAAAAAGACUGCAUUGCGUGAGCAGUGUUGACCGUUACCGCACAUCCGGGUUCAUUCCCAAACGAAUUAGCUAGUUAAUUAGCCAGUUAGCUUUACCCAAACAGAACUUCACUUAUACCCCAAUUAUUCAGUUGUAUAUAGAUACACAACAAAGAUGACUAUAAAACUGGAGUCGUCCUUCAAUAUUGAGGAUGUCCUUAAAUUACCACAGUUCCCUUUCAGUGACAAUGAACCAAAAAUAGAGGAGUUGCUGAAGAAACUUAAAAAGCUACAACAAGCCAAACUAGAUCUUGAAGAGGAUGUAAAGGAGGCCUAUUCCCUUAAAAAUACUUUGCAUGAUGAAGAAGAUGCAUUAAGCAUUGAGGUCUUAAAGCUUCAGGAAAUGUUGAAUGAAAAAAAUGAGACAUGCAGAUCUCUGCAGCUAAAAUGUGAAGACCUUGAACAAGAGUCACAAAGGCAGUUUGAACUGAAGCAACAAAAAGAGGAGCUUGCAGGGCAGUACGGCUGUCAGAUCCAGGAAACCAAGCUGAGACACAGGAAAAUUCGGAUGAAGUUUGAGAAUCACCUGCAGCAACUAAUGGGACAGCACAAGAACCUAUACACUGUAUUUACUCCAGAGAGACUUCCUACUGAGAUACAAUCUGCUGAAUAUGCUACACAGCAGUUGUUGAAAGCUGAGCAGCAGAUGUUGGAGCAGGUAGCACACCUGCAGGAGCAGCUGAAUAAAGCACAGGCCACAGAUUCUGUGAAACGGAUGCAUGAUGAAUUAUUUACAAAGAUCCUGCAUAGUUAAGAGAGUUUAAAGUCACACCAGGCAUUCAUCCUCACAAAAAGACUUCUGUACAUUCUCAAUGAGGUAUUUGUAAUAUUACAUUAAAAAUUGUUGGUGUUCUCUGUUCAGCCAUGGAUUUGCUUUGUUUUAACCUUAUUUUUACUGUAAGAGUAACAGUAUUGUUAAUGUUAUUAUCAUUAAUUGCAGUUGAUCACAAGUAAAUCAGAAGUAAAAAGAACAAGGCCAACUACUCAGAAUUGUUUUUAUUUGUUAAUAUAAUACAAAAUUUACUAAAAGUUUGACUGAAUUUCUCAAAAAUUCAAAAAGAUGACAAAGUUCUGUUAUGUCAGUAAUCAACAUUAUCAGCAAUAAAAUUUGAUCAUACUUCUGUAUCAAACAUCUAGUAUAUUACAGCAUGCACCUCGUUUGAUGCUCUGGGAGUUCUUUGGUCUUUAGUAAUACCAGUCUGUCUGGUACCAUAAUUACAACUUUGCACUGAAAAAGUAGAGCCUAAGCCUGGUCCUGAGAGUAUGUACCAACCAUCUAUUCAAAACUAUCUCUUUGUAAUGACAUGGUUAACUCUGAAAUGUCAACUUCAAGUCAUACAUGCAUGGAUUUUGCAUAAGUAUGUCCUACAUAAGGACAGUAAAGUCAAAAAAGUGCUACAAAUAUGAAUAAUAAAUGCAUAUACUAAAAACAAGUGUGCCAAAAUUAAAGAUUUAAAUUUUCACUCUUUUUUUUUUU